ACGUCACCAGUAAAUGUUUUUUUGUCCUUCACGAGCACCCGUAGAAAUGGCGAGUAAUGUGAUGAUGUACAAUGUGUGUGGCUGCUGAAGUACGCCUGUAGUCCUCUCUUACGUCUCCGCCAGGAUGGGAACCCAGGUUAAAGACGUGAUCAUUAAACCUGAUGCUCCAAACACUCUCCUCCUAGAAAAGCAUGCAGACUAUAUUGCAGUCUAUGGCUCCAAGAAGGAUGAUUAUGAGUACACGCUGUCAGAGUACUUGAGAAUGAGUGGCAUCUACUGGGGUCUGACAGUAAUGGACCUGAUGGGUCAGCUCUCUCGAAUGAACCGUGAGGAGAUCAUAGACUUCAUCAAGUCCUGCCAGCACGACUGUGGAGGCAUCAGCGCCAGCAUCGGCCACGACCCUCAUCUUCUCUACACCCUCAGUGCUGUACAGAUCCUGUCCUUGUAUGAUUGCAUUAAUGUCAUGGAUGUGGACAAAGUGGUGGACUAUGUUAGAGGACUGCAGCAGGAGGACGGCUCAUUCGCCGGGGACAAAUGGGGUGAAAUAGAUACACGGUUUUCCUUUUGUGCGGUUGCGACAUUGGCACUACUGGGCAAGUUGGAUGCUAUCAACAUGGACAAGGCCGUUGAGUUUGUGCUGUCCUGUAUGAACUUUGAUGGUGGGUUUGGUUGUAGGCCUGGUUCAGAGUCUCAUGCUGGUCAGAUUUACUGCUGCACAGGUUUCUUGUCCGUCACUGGGCAGCUUCAUCAAGUAAAUGCAGAUCUGUUGGGCUGGUGGCUCUGUGAAAGACAGUUGCCAUCAGGAGGCCUGAAUGGGAGACCAGAGAAGCUGCCUGAUGUCUGCUAUUCCUGGUGGGUUCUUGCGUCUUUGAAGAUCAUUGGCAGAAUUCACUGGAUUGACAAAGCGAAACUGCGCAAUUUUAUUCUUGCCUGCCAGGAUGAAGAGACUGGAGGGUUCGCUGACAGACCUGGAGACAUGGUGGAUCCUUUCCACACUCUGUUUGGUGUGGCUGGUCUGUCUUUGCUGGGAGAUGAGCAGAUCAAACCGGUGAACCCUGUGUUUUGCAUGCCCGAGGAUGUGCUUCAGAGAAUUGGCCUCCAACCAGACUUGCUGAGCUAAGUUUACAUGUUCAGCAUGGCCGUUUUACACUUCUCCUUCACCUGCACAGCCAGCCCAGUUUUAAAACGAGCAAACCGUGGAAAGCUCUCAUCUACAACUAACGAUCGGCACACCUCUUAGAGGGACCAAGGAUUUAGAAAAACAUUGUGUGCUUUUGUUCAGAGAUUUGUUCUGGUCAUCAUGUAGGCACAAUAUUACAGAACUUGCAUCCGUUAGUAGGCUUUCUUUCUUUAAAGAUGCUGGUUGAAGAGGUACAUCUGAUAUUAUUACAGCUUUCACUGUGUAUAGAAACAUAACUUUAUUUAUAUGACUAAUUCAGCAGGUCACUUUUUGUAUCACAAGCAUUUAGUCUAUGAGGGGAGAGAUCACUCACUCAUCUCUGAUGGCUUUUUCAAAGUGAGUAUGCAAAACUAACAUUUACAUGUGUUACAUCAUACUUUUUAUGCAUGAGAAAAUAGUUUUAUGUCCAAAUUCUCUUACUGUAGUUUGUUCACACCAAUCAUCAAGGUUUUGUUAGUUAUCACAUCCCUAAAGCAUUCAUGAGAACUAUUGUGCGGCCAUUUUAAAAGUCGUGUUCGGUUUGCAACUGAUUUGGGAGAGAGUUUUGCUGUUGUGGUAUGAAUGAUGAAUUAUUCUUUCGUUCUGGCAUCGAUGCCAGUGUGUGAACAUGCCUGUGGUGUGGGAUGGAAUAAAUGUGAUGUUGAUAUCAAAAACUCAA